AUGUCGAAAAUCAACAACUUGGAUUUUGCUGCCCUAAAUCUCUUUGGAGAUAAUUACCUUCAAUGGGCGCUUGAUGCUAAGAUCAUCCUUAAAUCCAAGGGACUCGGUGAGUGUAUCACCGAGGACAAUAAUGCUAGUGAGAAAGAUCGUUACAAUGCCAUCUUGAUCAUUCGCCAUCAUCUAGCUGAGAGUCUCAAGGAUCAGUAUCUAACCAUUGAGAAUCCAUUAGAUCUUUGGAACGAAUUGAAAUCUAGAUAUGAUCACCAGAGAACAGUGAUUUUACCUAAGGCUCGGUCUGAUUGGAGGGAUCUCAGAAUCCAGGAUUAUAAUUCCGUGGACGAGUAUAACUCGGCACUGUUUAAGAUUGUUUCAAAACUGAAACUGUGUGGUGAAAGUAUUACGGAUCAGGAUAUGCUUGAGAAAACCUUUUCCACUUUCCACACAAGCAAUGUGCUGUUACAACAACAGUGUCGUGAUAAAGGUUUCAAGACCUAUGCUGAUCUUAUUUCUUGUCUCUUGCUCGCUGAGCAGAACAAUGAAUUAUUAAUGAGAAACAGUGAGAUGAGACCUCCUGGCUCAGCACCACCACCUGAGGCACACGCUACAAAGGAUAAUAAAGAGUCCCAUCACGUCCAAGGAAACGGUCAUCAUGGCCGUGGUCGAGGAAAUAGAAACGGACGUGGCCGUGGCCGAAGCUCCUUUGGCUGCGGGCAAGGGAAUCAACAUGGUCGAGACCAUGGGCGAGACCGUGGCUCAUUUGGAAGAGGUCAUGGUCGCGGCCGUGGAUCUUCAUUCAAACCUCAACACUCGACCAACCCAAGCAAAUCAGUGUGCCAUAGAUGUGGUAUGGGCAAUCAUUGGGCUAAGACUUGUAGGACUCCCAAGCAUCUAGUUGACCUUUAUCAAGAGAGUUUGAAAGGGAAGAAUCCUGAAGCCCAUAUGACUUACCAAGAUAAUGACUUCAGAUUGUCUUAA